GAUCCGAAGUUUUCUGCUCCAAUACUUAAUGUAACUGUACCAGUAUCAAGAGAUGCAAUUCUUACUUGUAAAGUUCACGAUCUUGUCCAAUAUAAGGUUGCAUGGCUUCGUGUUGACACACAAACAAUUCUCACAAUACAGAAUCACGUUAUAACAAAAAAUCAUAGAAUUUCAAUCACAAACACCGAGAAGAAAAUUUGGCAGUUGAGAAUACGCGAUGUUAAAGAGUCAGACAAAGGCUGGUACAUGUGCCAAAUAAAUACCGAUCCAAUGAAGUCUCAAAUGGGAUUCUUGAACGUUGUUGUCUCGCCUGAUAUUUUAGACGAACCAACAAGCCACGAUAUUAUAGUGCAAGAGUUUGAAAACGUGACUUUGUCAUGUACAGCUGUGGGAUCACCAGAGCCAACGGUGUUCUGGAAGCGAGAAAGGCAAUCAAAACCACUAACUAUUGAUAACAAAGAAUCUUACACACAUGUUGGAUCAAUUCUUCAAAUCCCUUUUAUAACGAAAAAUCAAGCGGGUGCUUAUUUAUGCAUAGCAUCAAAUGGAAUUCCACCAACUGUAAGCAAGAGAAUCACCGUCGUUGUUAAUUGUAAGAUUAAAUCACUUAUCAAGUUGAAGUUAUCUCUACAAAUGUAUUUGUUGUUUGAACAAAAGCAGUUAAUUGAUGUUUAUGUUGGUUUAAUGUUCAAAAUAUUUUUAGUAAAUUAUUGGAUGCGCGGUCAUCCUGACUUCAUCAACAAGGAUUACGUUUUAGGAGGAAAUUAUGAAAGCGAAGUUGACGCUGACGGUAUCUUUAGGGUGUCCAUGAAGCUCGUCGUGCAAUUAGAGAAACCAAUGGAUUUCGGUAUUUACAAGUGCAUAGCGAAAAACGCCCUUGGAAGUUCCGAAGAAACAAUCAAAGUUUUACGUAAGAACAAAGCUUUUCUACUUCACAAAACGUAG